AUGGCAAGCAUCGCAUUUCCCAGCCUCGCUAAACACCAUACCCUCUCGACAUCCCAUACAUAUAACUACGUCUACCAAGCUCCAGCAUCUUCAUCUCACACAUCGAUCCUCUUCCUCCAUGGGUUCCCCUCUUCCUGCUACGACUGGCGUCAUCAGAUCAGCUACUUCACCGACAAAGGAUAUGGAGUCCUAGCACCCGACCUGCUGGGGUACGGCGGUACCUCGAAACCCGCAGCGACGGAGAAGUACAAGCUCAAGAGCAUGGCAGCAGAGAUCGUCGAGCUCCUGGAUCACGAGGGCCUGGCUCGCGUGCACAUCGUCGCUCACGAUAUGGGCUGUAACCUCCUCUCGCGGCUAGCGGACUAUUUCCCUGACCGUCUGCUGUCGGGUACAUUCGUGGAUGUCCCAUAUUCGAAGCCCGGGGAGCAUUUCGAUCUGGACAUGGUGAACAUGUUCACAAAGACGCUGCUGGGCUAUGAGCGGUUUGGCUAUCUCGAGUUCUUCGUCGAGGAUGGAGCUGGUGAUAUUCUAGAUCAGCAUGCUGACUCCUUCUUCACGCUGUUCUACCCUGAUAGUCCAGACUUAUGGGUUGAGAAUGUCGGUCCGGUAGGUGCCAUGAAGUUGUGGCUCCUCGACGAUCGAAAGGCGUCUUUGGCGUGCUAUGUUAGUGAUGAGGAGCGACUCAUGCAUAACAAGAUCCUGCAAGGUCACUACAACCCAGCACUCAAUUGGUACCGUACUCUGGUCUGGAACAUGAACAAGGAGGACGAAAUUCAGGCAGAUUUCAAGCAGAUCCUGAAGAUGCCGGUCCUGAUGGUUGGCCCGCAACCUAAUAAACUUGAAAUGCCAGGGUUCUUCGAGCAGAUGAAGCAGUCUGUGGAAGACCUGAUAAUCAAGAGGGUCAGCACGAGAGGCCACUGGAUUCAAUUGGAAGCAAGAGAUGAGCUCAAUACGAUGCUUGAGGAAUUCUUUGCGUGUCGUGACCCUAAUGGCAAAACAUAG